CAGAUGGACUGAUGAUCCCCAGUCUGGGUGGACACAGUCCUGUGCUGAGCGUGGGCAGUAUGGAGGAUGACUCCCACUGCAUGUCCUUCGCCCAGAUGCUCCGAGAUGGCAAAGCCAGGGGUGAUGUUGGGCCUAAGAUCACCCCAAAGAAAGUGGACAUGCUGCUGGCCCCCCCGGUGGCAGACAGUGAUGGGGAGGGUGACUGCUCAGACCGGGUUCCUGUGCCCAGCUUCCAGAACUCCUUCAGCCAGGCCUUUGAGAAGGCGCUGAUGCAGCUGUAUAAAGGGGGCAAGAGGAAGAAGAAGAAGCAGAAGCUUCUGUUCAGCACCUCUAUGGUCCACACCAAGUAG